AAAGAUUGGGGAAAAUAAUGGAUUCAAUGAACCUGAUACUCGUUUUUGGUUUUGAGUGAAAAUAGAAAGGACAUUAGUGCUGCUAUCCCUGCCUAUUUGAAAUGUGCAACAAACCCCGAGUGCUGAAGGGAUAGUGGAGAUCACUAAAACUAUAUUGUAUAGAGUCAAUCACAAGAGUUAAUCACGCAUGUGUGUUGUUGUUUGUGCUCUCUUCUUCGGAUUUGGCACCAGUGGUUUAAGUUUUAUCACGUCAUCUCAACCGAAAUACCUGUUUUAGGUUUGCUCUGCGUGCUGUCCACGACUGCAACCGUUCAUUUUCAAUGAACGUGAAAUUGCGCACUGUCAUCAUCAAUACAAGCAUUUGGACCAUUCGGAAAGGAAAAGUAAACAUUUCCAUGCGAGCUGCGGAACAGAAUGGAACAGACUGCCAAUAUAUUUUGGAGUGCGCAGUAAGGAUAGCUACCCUCUUGCAUAGACUAUGCUGUAGCUGGAAAACAUAUUUGGAUUAACAGAUGAACAGUAGGCUAUUAACUAACCCGCGCUCGCUCCACAGGACCGCUAUACGCAUUUGCCUUUUAAAACAACGGAAGCAUUGUCUCGACAAGCAGUGGGAUUUAUAAACCGAAGAUGGGUAUUUGUGGAUACUUUACCGUGUCUUGGAAGUGCCUGGUGGUUCUGUCUUUCAGACUGCUGUUUCUUGUCCCCGCAGGUUUGCCUGUCCACAGUCAAGGGGAAUCCCAAACCGAUAGUAAAGUGAUGGACAAUAUUACCGUCAGGCAAGGCGAAAACGUCUUUCUCAGGUGCGCACAGGGGGACAUCGUCACACACACGGCCUGGCUCAACCGGUCGAGUAUACUGUACGCCGGCGAGGAUAAGUGGUCUGUGGAUCCCAGGGUGAGCCUGGUUACACUCAAUCAGGAGGAGUUCACCAUCAAGAUUGAGGACGUGGACAUGACAGAUGAAGGCCCGUACAUCUGCGCGGUGCAGACGAGCAGCAGACCGAGGACGACGUCAGUGCACAUCCUCGUCCAAGUGCCACCCACAAUCAUCAACUUGUCGAAGGACAUCGUGGUCAACGAAGGCUCCAACGUCACCCUGAUGUGCCAAGCCAGUGGCAAACCAGAACCCUCGCUCACCUGGAAACUCCUCUCUCCCUCAGUUGACUUGGUAUCGGAGGACGAGUACCUGGACAUCCCCAGUAUCUCCAGACAGAGAGCYGGGACAUACGAAUGCACCGCCAUCAACGACAUCGCCACAGACGUCCAGACCGUUGAGAUCACAGUCAACUAUGCCCCCAGUGUGUCAGAGGGCAGAGACGUUGGCGUGACCCUUGGCCAGAGAGGGGUGCUGGAGUGCGAAGUGGAUGCGGUGCCCAAGGCGGACUUUGAGUGGUAUCGAGACGACAGAAGGAUCUUCAACGGUUUAGACGGCAUGGAGAUCGAGGACGCCGGGCAGCUCUCCAAGCUGACCUUCUUAAACAUCUCAGAGGCAGACUACGGCAACUACACGUGCAUCGCCAUCAACAAACUCGGCAGCUCCAACGCAAGCUUUGUCCUGUAUGAGGUUAUUGAGCCUACUAGCUCAACACUAGUGCAAGGACCCGGAGCAGUGCAGGAUGGGAACAGCGGCUCGAUGGGGACACGCGUACACACCUACACCUGUCUACUUCUGGUCACCCUCCUUCCGUUUCUGCUCAAGUUUUGAUGCAGUGGGCUUUCUGGCAUCCGAGGGCAAGGUUGCAUGUUUUGUGUGUUUUCUCUCACCCGGAACCACAAACGUGAUGCACAGAGUGCAUGGGCUACCCUACUACAUCAUGUCGAACCGCUAAAAAGUAUUAUGUAACAUAUACUUUUUUUAUUAAUUUUAGUUCAGUUUUAAGGACAUAACAAGUUGCUUUUUUUUGUUUUGAUUUGUUUAGUUUCACCUCCCAUUAUGAUAUGAUUCUUAAAUGUUUAUUCAUGUGGGUCUCAAAAAUAGGCCUGUCCGAUGUGGUUUGUCUGUUAUUUACAUUUAAUUUAUCUCAAUUUCCCCUGACUGACAGUCGUCUUAGCCCCGAGAGUCUUAGCKCCAAGAGUUAAGUGUAUGAGGUGAACUAAACAAACACCUCAAACACAGGCAAGGACCAGAAGGACUGAAAUCCCUCUAGGGCCUAAAAGCCUGUAAUCAUGUUUGUUUUUGCUGUAAUUAUUUCGGAUUCUGAUACAUUCACAAACCACAACGGUUAAGAAGAAAUGGAAUUUUGACAAAUGUUCUUCUUCCUCUCAUCAUUGUAAAUUGUGAUCUUUUCAGUUGUUUGUGCUAUGCUAUUUUUAUGUUGUUUUUAACACAUAUUGAAAGGGGUAAAUAAAAUAUAAAAGUUGUAUUUAUUUGUGCAAAGACCAUGUUUGUCUUCCCUUUUAACUUGCACAAGUCUAUACAAGGUGGUUUGAAGAAUAAUUACUUAACUAGUUAUGAAUGGAAAGGGAGUUUAUUUCCAUUUUUGUGGACAUAUAACUUCAGCUAGUGUAAUCACUUGCAAAGUUUAUUAAUGUCUCUACAGCUGGUGUUACCUUAAGGUACUUUGUAAGUUAUAAUGUAUUUACAAUGGUCAAUUCUGAAGUGUUCCCAUCUAAACUAACCAGUGCUGGUAGCUAAGGAGUAAGAUCGUGUCCAAUAGCAACUCUAUGGAUCACUCUAAGUGCAAAUCCUAACUUCCACUUCAGUCACUUACUGAUGCAUUGAUGUCAGUGGGAGACUAAGUGAAAAUUGGACUGAAGUGGAAGUUAGGAUCCACCUCUGAGGUUCUCAGRUGUUAAUAUCAGUAUUUUUGUAUGGUCAUUGUUUUGAGUUUGUUCCAAAAUACUCUCUCAUAACCAAUAAGUAUUAACUGUUUGGUUGUGUUGAACUGGUACGUUUUGACUGGAAAUUCAAAUAGAUUGCUUAUAUUGUCUCCCAAUAGAGUGCAGAUACAUUAAAAUAUUCUCAUACAGUGUGGUAUACCGAGUUAAAUAAUCAGGGUUGAGUUUGGAUUGAUUUGAAAUCGGGUAUAUCUUCUAGUCGAUGUCUCUGUGACACUCAGGAGCUACAAUAAAACAUUCUAUAACCAUCCACUUAAUUUUACGCAAUUAGAUUUUGUUUAACAGGCAAGCACAAUCCAUGCUCCAUGAAAUCACUGAACAAAAAUAUCAACGCAACAUGUAAAGUGUUGGUCCCAUGUUUCAUGAGCUGAAAUACAAGAUCC